AAUGUCGUUUGCGGUUGACCGCCUCUUCCAGGGCAGCAGAAAGGCAACCUGAGCCCACACACACACACCAGAUGUCACCCUUUUGCUGCAAAUUCUUUGCCUGUGCCCGUGCCUGACUGGCCUGACCCGACCAAAUUUUUAUUUUCUUUCUUCUUCUCCCGCCUCUUCACCGUCCCUAUCACGCGCGACGCGAAGUCGCCCAUUCUCGUUCGCUCCCUCCCCUCCCCGACCCCUCCCUUCCCGCCUCGGCACCUCACUCGGCGUCGGCUCUCCGCGUCCGACCAAGGAAAACGCUGCCUCCGGCCUUCUCUCGUCACCACCACCAUCACCCACCCCCUGGCCCCCCGUUUCCUCACCGCCUCCCCGCGCCGACAUACAACCGGAAGCUGUCUCACAUCUCGGUACCAUACCAUACCAUACCAACUCGGUACCGGACCCUCGCUUCGAGCAAGGCCCGCCCUCUUUCCACCCCUGCGUGGAUCACGGCUGUCUGUGUGCGCAUCCCAACAGGCCAACAACAUGGCUGCCGCUCCGUCAGAUCGCGGUCACGGGACUACCGUCAAGGUGGUUCUGCUAGAUAUCGAGGGCACAGUCUGUCCCAUCUCAUUCGUCAAGGACGUUCUCUUUCCAUAUGCCCUUAGGGUUCUCCCGGACACGCUGGACUCGCAAUGGGAUGACCCUGUGUUCGCACAGUACAGGAAUGCGUUCCCGGCAGAGUUCGCCUCGUCCAAGCCGGCUCUGGAGGCUCACGUCCGUGGUCUCGUGGCCCGUGAUGUCAAGGCACCUUAUCUCAAGAGCCUGCAGGGCUACCUGUGGGAGAAUGGCUACAGAAGUGGCGAGCUGCGGGCACCGCUCUUCCCGGACGUCGCCCCGAGGUUCAAGACGUGGAGGGCAGCCGGCGUCGACAUCAUGAUCUACUCGUCCGGAUCGGUCCCCGCCCAGAAGCUGCUCUUUGGGCACACCAACUCGGAGCCCGCUGACCUCAUCCCCGACAUCCUUGACUUCUUUGACACCGUCAAUGCGGGACCCAAGACCGAGGCCGCUAGCUAUGAGAAGAUUGUCGCCAAACACCCGCAGCACGCCCCGUCGGAGUGGCUGUUCCUCAGCGACAAUGUCAAAGAAGUGGACGCGGCCAUCGCCGCGGGGAUGCAAAGCUUCGUCGUGCAGAGACCGGGGAACCCCGCGCUGCCCGACGGCGUGGAGGAGCGACACAACGUCAUCCGCAGCCUGGAUGAGCUUUGAGCUCGCGCGCGAGUGACGCCGUUGUGCGCUGCGUUGGUCGGUGCCACUGCAAUUAGUUCUGCCUGUCUGCGCCGGACCGCAGACACCAGGUAGAUAGUGCCAAGUGCCGGGGGCCGUCAAGACGUUGCGCACGGAGGGUGCUCCUGGACUGUAGUCAAUUCAGGGGACGUUCCACGCCUGAUUAUGACCUCAUGACCUCGAGACUAUGCCCCCGAAUUCCCCAAUAUCCCCUAGUCCCAAACACGCCCUCAUGGCUCCAAUCCUCCCCGAAGCUACGUUGGGCUCACCAGCCGCGGCGGCGUAUUCGAUAGCGUGUCGCCCGGACUGCUGGUGCCACGUCUUCAAGGGUAGUAGUUGACAGACAAUGGCGAGACGGGACGGGUGACCUCUGGGGAAGACUAGCAAGGAGCCCAACAGCCAGUGCGUCCUAGUGCGCACUCUCCAGCCAAGGACCCUUGGCCCGUCCUGCAUUGCCGCCAUCCGGUGCCUUGUUGUCCAAUUUUGCAUCAUCUGACCAAAGAGGGGUAGGCCAAUCCUCAUUUCGUCACUGGUGCAGAACCACGCUAAUAGCUUGGGGGGGUGCUUUGACCCUCCUGCGCCCGCUGGGCCUCCUCGCCUCGCCUGAUCGCGAUCGAGAGAGGGAGGUAGUCUGGGGAAGAGAGGGCUGCCGGAGCAUGGCAGCCGACAACCGGCCGCGCUUGUCCAUUGUUGUGGAGAUGAUAAGUGCGCAGCACACGACUCGACAAGUCAGAAGCAAGUCCCCAUUCAUGGCCGGAGGCACGGGGAGUUGCAGCCAAACAUGGGCGGAGCUGUUGUCGACAAUGUCGUCGUCGCGAGCGGGGGCGAUAUGGCCAUGACUAGGUAGGCUGCAUGCAUUGCAUUCCAUGGCUCGAGACGGUCGGUGCGUUCUGAGAAUUGCCCCCCACCGGCCGGCUGCCGCGCUGAUCUGGUCGUACGUCGUGGGAGGGGGGAGGUCGUGUAGGUGUGUGGAUGGGCAUGCUCGGUAGUUGCAACGAAGCAUUGCAGCCGCUCUCGCUGUCAGACGUAAAACGUGAGCCCACUCAGAAAUAUGGGAAAAAAGAAAAGAAAAAAGUGUUAUGCCAGCGAAUAGUAAGAGC